AAGUUUCUGGAGUGGGAGAAAACCGUGAUCAAGUCUUUCAAGAAGAACCCCGAAGCGGCAAACUUGGUGAUGCAGUCGACGAUGAAAGCUCAACUUGUAGACGAACCGCUAUCUAAGUGCCUGGCACCGGAUGCCACGAAGAAAGUAUCUAGCACGAGUGCGAUUGAGGCAAAACCGGACAUAGUACUCGUCUCGCAAUGGAUUGGCGAAAAGAAAACCGGGAUCGAAGCGUUCAACCUCCUCAAACUGGAUGAGGCGGAGACUAGCAUUUUCCAGACGCCUGCAUUCCACACCUGGGCCCAAUACGCCACAGAGAUGAGAAAAACGCGUUCACCCAAGGUCGCGCUUGGCAUCACUUUGGCGAUACUGAAGAAGCGGUUUGAUGAGGUGGACCUGGCAAAAAUGCUUCUUGUCGCGAAGCACACUGCAGCGCACGACGUUGACAGAAACAUUCUCAGCGAAUUACAGAGGCUGCUGUUCAAAAGUUGGCGUGCAAGAGGAGAAGAUUUCGAGGCCGUGGCAAAAAGGUUGAUGUUUACGACUGGUACUGACGAAAGGACCGUAAGUGUUGUUGCCGACUACAACAAUUUUUUACACGGUUGA